CUGCAACUUACGCUAUUUUUCAGACCUAAUCGUUGCACCGAUUUUCAUAUUGACGCAUAUGUUGUACCGUUUGGACUUUAAAUGAGGUGCAAUCCGGUGGUAGAAAAUGUGCAUUCGUUGAUUCACUUCUUCAAAUUUGACGAAGUUCGUUGAUUCUCUCAUUUACCUUGAGUUCGUUGCAAAGUACGCCAGCUGAUUAGUGUAUAAAUUUAGUUUUCUGAUACGGCAACAUGUGCAUGAGAGAGUAAAUACGCUUCACAUUGCAAAGUGACUUUGCUGCACCUUCAAGCACUAUAGUAAACAUGAGUGUGGUAGGUUUCGAUGUUGGGAACGAAAGUUGUGUUGUUGCUGUUGCAAGGAAAAUAGGUAUCAAUGCUGUGCUCAACGAUGAGCUCAAGCGCGAAACUCCUGCUGUUGUAUGUUAUGGGAAGAAGCAGCGAUUCCUUGGAACAGCAAGUAUGAUGAAUCCAAUAUAUACAAUGUCACAGAUCAAACGUUUUAUUGGACGCAAAUUUUCGGAUACCGUGUUGCAGAAGGAUAUCAAAUCACUGCCGUUUUCAGUCACUGAAGGGCCUGAUGGGUAUCCCUUGAUUCAUGCUCAAUAUUUGGGAAAAAAUAGGACCUUCACACCUACUCAGCUUUUAGGAAUGGUACUUUCUGAUUUGAAGAUCAUUGCAGAAAAGAACUUAAAUGCUGCUGUUUUUGACUGUUGCAUCGCGAUACCUGUUUACUUCACUGAUCUGCAGAGAAGAGCUGUUAUAGAUGCUGCGACCAUUGCUGGUUUGAACCCUCUUCAUCUCAUUCAUGAGGCAACAGCUACCGCUUUAGCUUAUGGUAUUUACAAGACCGACUUGCCUGUCAAUGAACCAAUUAAUGUUGCAUUUGUUGAUAUUGGUCAUGCCAGUAUGCAAGUAUGCAUUGCUGCCUUCAAGAAAGGUCAGCUGAAGAUAUUGGCUCAUUCUUAUGAUCAGUGUUUAGGUGGAAGGGAUUUUGAUGAAGUGCUUAUCCAACAUUUUGCUGCAAAAUUCAAGGAUGAGUACAAGGUUGAUUUUUAUCAAAAUGCAAGUGCUUGCCUAAGACUGCGUGCUGCUUGUGAGAAGUUGAAGAAGGUCCUGAGUGUAAAUGCCGAGGCAUCGUUGAACAUCCAGUGUUUUAUGGACGAGAAGGAUGUUAUAGGUUUUAUUAAGAGAGAUGAUUUUGAGCAGAUUAGUAAUCCAAUUUUGGAACGCAUGAGAAUGCCAUUGGAGAAGGCUCUUGCUUGUGCCCGACUGACUACCCAGGAUAUACAUUCUGUUGAAGUUGUUGGUUUAGGCUCUCGAGUUCCCAUGAUUACAAAAAUAUUGACAAAGUUUUUUGGAAAGGAGCCUGGACGAACAAUGGAUGCUAGUAAAUGUGUGGCGGAAGGCAGUGCUCUGCAAUGUGCUAUUCUCAGCCCCACAUUAAAAGUCCAAGAUUUUCAGGUUAUCGAGAGUUUUCCAUUUCUCAUUGUUUUGGUAUGGAAAUUACCUCCCCCUGAUGAUACACCAACUGGAGAAGCUGAUAGGUGGCAGAGCACUGUCUUUUUCCCCCCGGGUAACCCCAUGCCAUGCCUUAAGGAGUUGACUUUCUAUAGAUCUGGCACCUUCACUAUAGAUGUACUGCAUAUCGAUGGCAGUAAACCUUCGAAUAUUAGUACUUACACGAUUGAACCUUUCCUGUCCACAAAAGGUGAAAAGGUAAAGUUGAAGGUCAAAGUGCAUCUGAAUCUUCAUGGCGUUGUCUCGAUCGAGUCUACAAUGCUCGUAGAAGAGGAAGAGGUGGAAGUUCCAGUUGUGAAAGAGGAAAGAGAUGAUACUCGUCCCGGCAGCACUGAAACUGAUGUCAAUAUUCAAGAUGCUAACGCGGACGGCCAUGGAGCUGAAAAUGGUGUCCCGGAAUCAGGAGAUAAGACAUCUCACAUGGAAAUGGAUAAGAGCAUCGAAGCUAGGCUCGAAGGAUUAGCAAAGGCUAUGGAGGAUCAGGCCGCUCGCACUUCAGCUAGACUCGAAGGAUUAGCGAUGGCGAUGGAGGAUCAGGCUGCUCGCACUUCAGCUAUGCUCGAAAGAUUAGCGAUGGCAAUGGAGGAUCGGGCCGCUCGCACUUCAGCGAUCGAGGCAAAGUUCGACAAUCUGGCAGCCAGUCAAAAAUUCCAGUUCGACCUAAUCAUGCAACAAAUUACUGCCUUGGGCAGCCGCAUAGGUCUCAAGGAGUCAACAUCCCGUACAGCAGCCGAGGAAUCCACAAUUCUGCGACAUCAACAAACAAUGGACCUUCCUACGUUUGAUGGUAGCGACGCGCUCGCAUGGCUAGCUAGUGUGGAUCAGUAUUUUCUAGUCCACAAGACGCCAGCGGAGAAACAGGUCGAGCUUGCCUUGGCUGCACUCUCUGGCCCCGCAAUGUCUUGGAUCCAGCUACUCCUCCGAUGCAACCCUGACCUCACAUGGGAUCAGUUUACCCACGAGCUUCUCGUUCGUUUUGGGUCGGACCCGGCCUUAGACGGGCACGAGGCGCUGCCUACCCCGUCCCAAGAAGGGUCUCUCGACGACUAUGUUGCAGAAUUCGAAGAAUGCCUCGCUCAACUUCCAGAGCUCGCUGAGAAGCAAUAUCUUGGAUUAUUUCUAGGGGGGUUGAAGCCCCACAUCCGUAUGCAGAUACGUGAUCCCACCAUCACCACCUACACAGAUGCUCUCCAAAUGGCGAAGCAUAUUGAUUUUGUCUUCAAGCGUAUGUGGGAUGAGGAGUUCAAUCGACGUAGGCCAGCCGAUCCCUCCCCAGCCUGAACAACAAGAUUAUGUUGGUUUUUAGUUGUUCAUUUGAUGCAAAUUAGAACCAGUUAUCUUUUCUUAACAUGUUUAGUUGUGAUUUUGAAGUGUUCAUUUGUUUAAAGUGUAUUAGUUGAAUCUUAAGGGUGUCGUUUGCUGGGGUUUAUAUUGGAGUUAUCUAACUCAUAAUGAUCUAAAA